AAUUUAUUAAUAUAUUGCCUUAGAAGGAGCUGAUUCAACAUACAUAGUGUUGGUUAGUGUUUGCUUCCUCUUGUGUAAAUCUCGAGGUUUGAAGGUGGAGCUCCUCUCGGUUUCCUUUACAGUUAACAAAACUUGUGUCAUCCAGUUGUGAGUGAUUGCAUGUGUGCUGUCAUGGUUUACAUCACUGACUUCCCUUAGGAACUUAAUUAGUGUCUUCUGACAGAAUUAAAGAUGACGAUUCAUGGGAUCCAGUACCUGGCAUGUCUGUGGACUCUGUUUAUCACACAGACUGGAUUUGUCUGCAGUGACAUACAGUUCUUGGAGAGGCAUGAGGGGGAAUCUGUUGUUCUUCCCUGUGUAAUUGACAAAAGAAACCCUUCGCCCUUUGGUGUCUACCUGAUGCGCAACUGGCUGAAAACCAGUGAAGUGCUGUUCAUGCACACCGAGAGCGACGUCAGUGCAGAUAAGCGCAUCAGUGUCAGUGGAGACCCGAGCAGCCACUCUCUGAAUGUGACCAUCUCUCAGCUAAGGGCCAGUGACACAGACCGCUACUACUGUGAGUUUGUUGCGAACAACCCUUUGGAUGAAGACGAACGAACACGGGGAAAGACUGAAUUCUUCCUUCUUGUUAAUGCUGAUGCCCUUGGGCCAGUGGACAUUGGCUUGGUGGAGACAUGUGCUGGGGGCUCAGCCGUGCUCCCCUGCCUCCCCCCACACGGGGAGGCCUUGGCCGUGGAAGGGGUGAGUCUGAAGCGACAGAGGGGCCGGGCACCUGUGGAGGUGUUGUACCACUCAAAGCGUCACCACGGCGGCAGCCCUCCAUCCUCCUCCCUAUUCCCUGCUGAGAGGGUCCACCUGUCCUCGGCUCCCGGUCCCAGGGGCAUCACCUACAACCUGACCCUGCAGCAGCUGCAGCCGGACGACAGCGCCCUGUACAGCUGCGAGCUGCUCCUCAGUGGCAGGCCAGACACCAGCACCACUCUAGGAAGACAAACACUCUUUGUUUCUGUGCAAGGAGGUCAGUGUGGCUGCUCCAACUACUCCACUCUGCUAUAUGCUUUGUCAGCUGUAGUGGUUCUUCUCCUCCUCCUCCUCAUCCUUGGAUUUGUGGUGUUUCACAAAGGUAAAGCACGCCGCAGUGUCAAGUCACACCCUCCGGCACCCAUUUACGAGGAGAUGACCGGUAUGCAGCCUGUCAGUCGAAAACUGCCUCCCCGCCAUCUGGAGGAAACCGAGUCUUCAGAGUACAGAAACUGCUCUGUGAAGAGAUCCUGUAAUGAAAACCAUUACGAAAGCCCCAUUGGGGCUCUGAUCCCCAAGAGUGAGCCUUAGAAAGGAAAAAUUAGACCUUGUCACCAGCAACAGGAACUAGACUAACUCAUCAACUACCUGAAACUCACUGAAUUCCAAUUAGCACUCUGACGUUUCUAUAACAGAUUUUAACAGAAAGAUUCUCCUCAUACUGUCCUUAAUCUCAUGUUUAUUUGACUGUUGAUAGUUCAAAAGAGUUUUUUUUUUUUCUUUCUUUUUUUUUUAAACCUUUUUAAAUGUUUACUGCCAUUGUUUGUUUUUGGAUAUUCAGCAAAUUAAAGGUACUCUGUGGCGUAGGUAACAAAGUUUGUUUAUAAUGCUGUUUAUGAACAUUCACUGUUUCUCACCAAAACCGCUUUGAUGUCUAACUAACAUGUUGAAAGCAUUUCCUUCCUCAUAAAACAUUUGCAUACUUACAUAUAUCCAGAUUUGUCACAUUUCUACAUUCCUUGAAGUUACCGCCACUAAAAGUAAAUCAGCAGAAUAAUGUAAAGAAAUCGGCACCAAGUCACAUGCAUGGGCGUUAUGCUUGUACACAAGAAUCUUAUGAAAUGCAAACCCAUUUUUAAAAAUUGCUCCACAGGGAUACACUUUUUGUUAAAACUGUAAUUGCACUGAAAAGUUAAUAAAAACAUU